AUGGCGUCGAUAAUGGGGUGGUGGGCCAUUGGCGAGCUUCUCAAGCGCGAUGCAUCCGACGCAGACCCGGACGACGAGCCAGAGGCAGGACAGAAGGAGAUAUUCACAUCAUGGGCCCUGUCCAUUCUAAUCAUCCUGCUCAUAAUCGCCCUCUUCACGAGCUACAUCCUCCAUACGCGGAAGAUCCAGGCCGUCCAUGAGACGGUUCUCUCGAUUUUUGCGGGAAUGGUCGUUGGUCUCAUACUACGCCUGUCAGCGCCCGCCUCAGUGCGCGAUGCUGGCAAUUUCUUCAGACACAUCGGCACUAUCCUUACCUUUGCUUUUGCAGGCACAUUCAUAUCCGCCCUAGUCUUGGGUCUUAUCUUGUUCCUGUGGACAAGGAUACCUCUCGAUGGCUUCAAGAUCAACUUUGUCGAGGCCAUGUCCGUCGGCGCCACUCUUUCUGCCACCGACCCUGUGACUAUCCUGGCCAUUUUCGACACCUACAAAGUUGAGCCCAAGCUGUACACUCUCAUUUUCGGCGAGUCAAUUCUCAACGAUGCUGUCGCUAUUGUCUUGUUCGAGACGGCGCAAAAGUAUAAGGAUGGCGCCGAAUCGCUGGGACUUGUCAGCCUAUUCGAGGCCUUUGGUAUCUUCUUUGGCGUCUUCUUCGGUAGUCUCUUCAUUGGUGUCACUGUAGGCAUCGCUGUGUCUCUCAUGCUCAAGUUCACUUAUGUCCGUCGUUUCCCCAAGACGGAGAGUUGUCUGAUUAUCCUUACUGCCUACCUGACAUAUUUCUUGUCCAACGCAAUCCACAUGUCUGGUAUUGUGUCGCUACUGUUCUGCGGUAUAUGCUUGAAGCACUACGCUUACCACAACAUGUCAAGGAGAACCCAACUCACUACCAAAUUCGUCUUCCAGAUCACAUCGCAGAUCUCGGAGAAUUUCAUCUUCAUUUACCUCGGACUCUCGCUCUUUACCGAUGAUAAGCUGGAUUAUAAACCACUCUUUAUCUUGAUCACUGUAGCCGGAAUCUGCGCCGCUCGAUGGUGCGCCGUAUUUCCACUCUCUAGGAUUAUCAAUGCUGUUACGAGAUAUCGGCAACGCCGUCGCGGAGAGGAGUUGGUAGAGGAGAUUCCUUGGGCGCAUCAGGCUAUGAUUUACUGGGCAGGUCUGCGCGGUGCCGUCGGUGUCGCACUAGCUGCAGGUCUUACAGGUAACAACGGCGAUACGCUACGAGCCACUGUGCUUGUCGUGGUCGUCUUGACGGUCAUCAUAUUCGGAGGCACCACAGCCCGCAUGCUGGAGAUCCUAGGUAUCCGCACCGGUGUAGUAGAAGAGAUUGACAGCGACGAUGAAUUCGACAUUGAAGUCGUCACCGGCGGAACCUACACUCGCAAACAAGGCCAAGGCUACGGCCACACACCCCGCCCCAGCCAAAACGGCUUUACCCUCAACAACGUAAACGGCGCAGACGCCACCUACUCCAGCGGCUCCAUAAACCGUGCUAGCCCCCCAAUCCGCCCAAACGGCGCCACACGCCGCAACUCCAGCCACCCCCGCGCCCGCGAUGGCGCUGACCAAAGUCUCCUCAGCCCCGCUGACAGCGGCUCCGCAGACGAAGACGACAUCGACCUCGAUCUUCCUCCUAGCGCACGCCGCUCCCCAAAUCGCAUCCCCUCACCCAUGGUUGCAAACGACGGCUCUCCUUAUCCCACAUCCGGUCAUCGCCCGUCGGGUUCCGCAUCCGCAAACGACGGCGGUGGGGGCCCCAGCCGUGUCGCCACCGCUACCGGCGCUGUUAAACAGCUCUUCAAUGAAAUCAGCCAUGAUCCCGCCAACGCUUUCAAACAGAUUGACGAUGGCUUUCUUAAACCGCAUCUUUUGCUUGAUCCGGGUAAAGGGCCCGGGCCGGGUAAUGUGUAG